AUGGAGUCGAGCAAGCAGGUGUCUGUGCUGGAGCCGCCGGUCUCCUCAGAUUACUGGCCAGCUCAGAUGUCGAAUGAGCACGGUUGGGAGUCGCCAUCGAAGAAUGCGGCUCUGAACAGCCUUGAAAAAUGUACCUCUUUCCCCAGUGAGGAAGCUGAACAACUCCCGAAUCUCAAUUUCGGCAGUAAAUUGGCACAAUUCUACAAUGCGCCAAGGUCAAAGUUUUUCAUUGGCGUGGUAGGUGGAGCUGACGACCAUUUUCGAUAUAAUUUCGCUGGAAAUGUAAAAAGGCUGGUAUCCUGUUUUUGCAAGGGCCUCAAUCUUUGGAUGCAUGCCACUGUUUCAGACAGCUUUGUCAUGUUGUCGGCUUGCAUUGUUUAG